GGGAUACCAUUGACACUACAAAUAGGGGCAGGAGAGGCAGAGUAGCUCAGAUCGAAACACCCCAAAGCAAGAGAUACAGUAGAAGAGACGUAAAAAGAUAACGGUUAAACCUAACUAUGGAGGUACUCUUGGUAGCAUUUGUGGCCGUGUUUUUGACCAGCCAAGUCCACUCUGAUGAAAUUCCAUAUGAGCACCUGAUGUCUCAACUCCAGGCAUGUCCUAAAGAGUGCAACUGCCCUCCCAACUUCCCUAAUGCGGUUUACUGUGACAACAAGGGGCUGAAAAGUAUACCUGUCAUCCCCCCCUACACUUGGUACCUGUACCUUCAAAACAACCUAAUUGAUGUUCUCUCAGCCAAUGCUCUGCGCAACGCCACACAGCUAAAGUGGAUAAACCUCAACCGCAACAAAAUCACAACUGAAGGCCUGGAAGUAGAUGCUCUUAGAGCAAUGUCCAACCUUGUUCAUCUCUACAUGGAAGACAACUUGCUGUCUUCUAUUCCAUCUCCUCUGCCAGCCAAAUUAGAGCAGUUAAGGCUGUCCCGAAAUAAAAUCUCGAAGAUCCCACCCGGUGUCUUCUCUGGAAUGGGUCAUCUUACCCUGCUGGAUUUGCAAAGCAACAAGUUACAAGAUGAUGCAGUCACAGAGGUCAGUCUAAAAGGCCUCAAUAACUUGAUCCAGAUCAAUUUAGCAAAGAAUCAGCUAAACAGUAUGCCUCUUGGCCUACCACCCACAACUACACAAAUCUUUUUGGACGGCAACAACAUUGAGAAGAUUCCAGCUGAGUACUUCAAGGGUCUUCCUAAAGUCGCGUCUCUCAGGCUCAACCGCAAUAAGCUAGCUAAUGGGGGUAUCCCAAAAAAUGUGUUUAACCUUUCCAGCAUCCUGGAUCUACAACUUUCUCACAACCAACUCACAGAGGUGCCUGUUAUCUCCUCUGGACUGGAGCACCUGCAUCUAGACCACAAUAAGAUCAAGAGCGUGAAUAGCUCUGACAUCUGUCCACCUGGUGUGCUCGAUGAUCACCUGGAGGAGAAGAGUCCACGUCUCCGCUACCUUCGUCUCGAUGGUAAUGAGAUCCAACCCCCUAUUCCACGAGAGCUGAUGACAUGUUUCCGUCUCCUCAGGGCUGUUGUCAUAUAAAGGUGCAACACCAUCAAGAUAAUCCAUUUCAUCAAUCAGAACUGACAAUUUUAGUAAACUGAAACACUUGAAAAGGAUCUGAAAAAAAAACUUAAAAUAAAUACUGUACACUGCUGAAAAGACCACUAGAAUGGAUUCUGGUUACUUCUUAUCUCAUGUUAAUUGAGCAGGUGACUAGCAAGACCUUUCUGGUAGAGCUUUUGACAAAGAAUGAAUUAAGUCCAUGAAUAAGAAGCUUAUAAAAAAUUCCGAUGGAUACCUACAUACAAAAUACAACUAAGAGUGUGGUAUCCUGGCCUUUUCAGCAGAGUAAAGAUCCAUAAGACUGAUUUAUAUGUGCAUUUGUAGAUGGUUUCUCAUGGCUGUAUUGUAAAACCAUUGUGCCUUCCUUAAUUUCAUACAUAGACUAGCUGGAAACAUCAUUACAUGUUAAAUGUUCUUACAAUGGAAGAGAGAUCUAAACAACAGUUGUACCCUAUAAAUUACUUAAUCUUGGUAGGAGCAGGAUUAACCAGAAAUAUUUUCACGGUCCACCCUAUUCUGAGAUGUUUUAAGCAGGAGAGUAAUAAGAAGGGUAUAAAUGGAGGUCGGAGCCUGCUCCAAGUGGGUGGGCCUUCGAGCUCCAAGUGGGUUGUACAAACUUGGAGCUUUAAUUUAUUUAACGUCUUUUACAUGACUCAGAGUCCAAUAUUGUGCAAUGUGCUUUAUGAAUGUCUACAUCUACCCUAACACUAAAUCCAAUCUCACAGUAACCUGUUGUGUUUUAUUAACGUCUACACCUACCCCAACCCCAAACCCCAUAUCACAGUAACCUGAUGUGUUUUAAUAAUAUCUGCAACACCUAAACCACCUAAACCCAACCUACUUGUAUUUUAAGUCCCUCCGACUUGGAGGUCACCCAACCUACUUGCAGUGUAAUCCCUCCCACUUGGAGGUCUCUGGGCUGCAGCGAUACCUACUUGAGAGUUGUGGUCUAAUUAUAGAGCCAAAUUUCCUGGAAUUGAACUUAGUACAUAGUGGUGGUUUACUGGAUUUCACUAAAAGCAUAGUAAGUCUCAAUGACAAAACGUACCAAAAUAAGUUUAAAGUUAGAUAAAUGGUAGCAAUUGCAAUUGUUUACAUCAAUUGUAAGUAAUGAAAUGUACUGGCAUGUAUACUUUUUUAAACAAUGUUUACCUCUACUUUUUGUACAUCUUCGCAACUUUGUAAAAACAAUAUUUCAAUAUUCAAUGAAAAUUUUGUUUGAAAUACUUAUUCUAUAAUUUCAGCACCUCAAAUUUUAUCAUUAAUUUUGAAAAUUGCAGCAUUUUCAAACCAGAUGACAUACUGUACUGUGACAGAGUUUUAAUGUAUAUAAUAGUUUAAAUUUUGCAGUUGACAAUUGACUGGUUUUAAGAUGCAUUUUCUCUAUAUAAAAAUAAUGUAAACAUUCUUUUUCAGCGCACAAAUGUGACAAUUUUUUUUCAUGUUUUUAUUAAUUACUGAAAUUAACAUCAAAAACUGUGAGAACCAUUAGAAAAAUGUAAUAUGAUAUACAUUUUUGUUCAAUGUUUCUGAUUAAACUGGUUUCAGUGGUC